AUGGAGGAGGAGAAGCCCAAGCCUGCGCCCGAGCACAAGGCGCUCGUGACCGACCGCAGCCACGCGCACGCCAACGCCAACGCGCGUGUGACAUGGGACGAGGAGACCAUCGCUCUGCACGACCUGGACCGCGGCACGCGCAUGAAGAUCGACGAGCCCAACACGCCCUACCACUACUACGCCGAGAGCGACGAGCACGGAGGCGUCUCGCCCGCCCGCAGCCUCUCGGGCCGCGAGGCGCAGCCGCCAAUCCAGUGGGACGAGCUGCAGUCCAAGCUGCAGGACGUCAAGGACAAGAAGAAAAGUGAGUGGGACAGCAGCGACGAUGAGAGUUCGAGCGUGUCGUCGGCGUCGGGGGGACUGAGCUUUGCAGCGCGCGAUGCGGAAGGGAUAAAGCUGGUGAAGGACCCUAACUUCGCCCAGAAGCGGAAGCAGCACUACAACGAGUUCGAACGAGUUCGUGCCUGGAAGAUGCAGCAUGCGGCGGAGGGCGAGGACGAUGAAGAUGAGGACGAGGAAGAAAAGAAGCCUGCUCUAAGUCAGUAAGGCGCCGGACAUUUCUUUUUUCAUUCCUGUUUGUGGUGAUGUGAGAGCAAGAGCGAGAUCUAGGCAACUGGAGCACGCGGUGGCAUGCUAUGCGACCAAAAGGGUGCCUUGAUAGAUAGAUAC